CAUCAAAUGACUGUUUCAUUCCCAUGAUAUAUAAUUGCUCUGCUCUCCAGUAAUUUGACAAUGGCAACCUCCGCUGGUUCACCCAUCGAACAGCAACUGGCUUCUCUCCGCUCCGAGCUAAAGGAGUGGGAAAAGGCGUUCUCUGACGCAAAUGAAGGCCGAAAAGCCACGCGAGAAGACAUCAAAAAGGACGCCGCUAUAGCUGCAAAGUACAAAACUUAUUCACGACUUCGAUCCCAGAAACCAUCGUCUUGUCUCGAUAGAAGCACUACGGAUCAUAAUGCAAUCUCCCCGGCACGCUCCCAAAAAAAGCGCACGUAUCCUUUUACCGACAGCCUAGCCGGACACGAAAGCUGCGCGUUUGCGACUCCUCGAAAAGUUGCAAAGCAUACCUCCGCGCCUCAACACCCGUCUCAUCUAGAUCCAUACGAAUCACCCCCAAAUGUUAGAAGAUUGCUUAGCCCCAAUGAACCAAACAUUUCUCCUAUACCUCUUCGGGCAGCCAUUGGCCCUACUCCUCAGCGCGAUGGCAAAGUAUUGGGGCUUUUUGACUUGCUCUCCCCAUCGAGCCCGAACACAGCAGCUCCGUCGUCUAGACAGAAACAGUCGACUCUCAUCGAUGCGACGGCCACGCCAUCUCCUACUAAAAAGAUGCAAACUCCCAGUAGAGACCAUGGGUCUGCUAUCCGCCCACGAAGAUACUCAUUAACACCAGUUUCAUCGGCGAAGAAAUUCUAUCUUUCGAAAUUUUUUGGGACUCCAAGCACGAUGCGAUACGCCACUAUUAUAGAAGCAGACGAAGGGAAUGCCAACGUCGGAGACGAAGUCGCUUCUCCUGCUCAACCCACUCCAUCGCGGAAAACAAACGGUAGCGAAUUAGAGACACCCACGUUUCUGCGGCGGAGGAGCGUUUUAUUUCCUCGCACAACGAACAAUGGGAAGGGUAAAAUCAACACCACCAGCCCAAUUGCUGUACGGAUGCCGCAGAAAGUGGUGGGUAAAGGGCUUAGCCAACUCGUGCAGGGGCUCCGUGAUCUAGAAGAUGAAAUGAUACAGGACGAUAUGGACGCGCUCCGUGAAGCCGAAGCUGCGGAUGCUGAGGCAGGUAAGGUAUUUGUCAAAGACAGUCAGGUUCCAGACAGCAACUUGGACGCCCCAGACCCAACGAAUACCCCCUCGAAACCUGAAAGAUAUUGGAAGAAGAAAGGUCAAAAGAGGACUACUAGGUUGGUUUAUAUGCGUCCUGUGCGCGCGAAGCCGCGGCAAGCUCCUGAAUUUGCCAUUCCUGAGGAAGAUAGUGAGGAUGAGCUGGCUACCGCGGCCGAGUCUCAGGGUCCUUUUUCCGCUGGCGGAGAUAAUCUGGAUAGUGAGGACGAAGGUAAUACCCGUUCUAAAGAUAAGAACAACCAGGGCGGGAAAGCAAAACAGAGCGAGAAUAAAUUUGUCCAAAAGGUGCGAAAAAUUAAGGCGGCGGCGCAUGCCAACUACAGGGCGCUCAAGAUAAGGAGUAAAAAUGGUGGUGGCAAGGGACGGUUCGGUCGUAGGAGGUAAGGGCAUGAUGUAUUGCUUUCCGAGACUGGGUAAUAUUGACCGGCAGCGAGAACCAAAUGAAAAUAGCAUGGCAUAAUGAGUCUACGAAAUCAUAGUUCUGGAAUGGUGCAUUGUUUAUAGGUAGCGCUGCUAUUGUUCGCUAUAUAUAAUUUAUUCAUUUAUGCAGAGUGU